AUGUACUGUAUGGAGGAUCGUCCUGUACCGUACGGACGCUUCACGUCCUUGGUGCACCGUGCGGACAGGUCUUCACGUCCUUGGUACCUAUGGACAGUUCUUCACGUUCUUGGUGUACCGUAUGGACAGUUCUUCACGUUCUUGGUGUACCGUAUGGACAGAUCUUCACGUUCCUGGUGUACCGUACGGCUGGCCUCAUUGCCGUUGGUGCACCGUACGGACGGGUUCGCGUCGUUGGUGCACGGUGAGCUAAUUCUUUACGUCCUUGGUGUACCGUAUGGACAUAUCUUCACAUCCUUGGUGUACCACGUGGACGGAUUCUUCACGUCCUUGGUGUACCGUAUGGACGAAUUCCUCACGUCCUUGGUGUACCGUAUGGACGAAUUCUUCACGUCCUUGGUGUACCGUAUGGACGAAUUCUUCACGUCCUUGGUGCACCGUAUGGACGAAUUUCUUCGCGUCCUUGGUGUACCGUAUGGACAGACCUUCACGUCCUUGGUGUACCGUAUGGACAGAUCUUCACGUCCUUGGUGUACCCCCGCUGAUAUCAACCCACCAGUGUUGUCAGCCACCAGUGUUGUCAGCCACCAGUGUUGUCAGCCACCAGUGUUGUCACCACCAGUGUUGUCAGCCACCAGCGUUGUCAGCCACCAGUGUUGUCAGCCACCAGUGUCAGCCACCAGUGUUGUCAGCCACCAGUGUUGUCAGCCACCAGCUUCGCCACCAGUGUUGUCAGCCACCAGUGUUGUCAGCCACCAUUGUUGUCAGCCACCAGUGUUGUCAGCCACCAGUGUUGUCAGCCACCAGCGUUGUCAGCCACCAGCGUUGUCAGCCACCAGCGUUGUCAGCCACCAGCGUUGUCAGCCACCAGUGUUGUCAGCACCAGCGUUGUCAGCCACCAGCGUUGUCAACCCACCAGUGUUGUCAACCACCAGUGUUGUCAGCCACCAGCGUUGUCAGCCACCAGUGUUGUCAGCCACCGGUGUUGUCAGCCACCAGUGUUGUCAACCACCAGUGUUGUCAGCCACCAGCGUUGUCAGCCACCAGCGUUGUCAGCCACCAGCGUUGUCAGCCACCAGUGUUGUCAACCCACCAGUGUUGUCAACCACCAGUGUUGUCAGCCACCAGCGUUGUCAGCCACCAGUGUUGUCAGCCACCAGCGUUGUCAGCCACCAGUGUUGUCAACCCACCAGUGUUGUCAACCACCAGUGUUGUCAGCCACCAGCGUUGUCAGCCACCAGCGUUGUCAGCCACCAGUGUUGUCAGCCACCAGCGUUGUCAGCCACCAGCGUUGUCAGCCACCAGCGUUGUCAGCCACCAGCGUUGUCAGCCACCAGUGUUGUCAGCCACCAACGUUGUCAGCCACCAGUGUUGUCAGCCACGUUGUCAGCCCAGGUGGUCAGCCACAGCGUUGUCAGCCACCAGUGUUGUGCAACCAGCGUUGUCAGCCACAGUGUUGUCAGCCACCAGCGUUGUCAGCCACCAGCGUUGUCAGCCACCAGUGUUGUCAGCCCAGCAUUCAGCCACCAGUGUUGUCAGCCACCAGCGUUGUAUCAGUCACCAGUGUUGCCAGCACCGGUGCCAGCCACCAGUGUUGUCAGCCACCAGCGUUGUCAGCCACCAGCGUUGUCAGCCACCAGCGUUGUCAGCCACCAGUGUUGUCAGCCACCAGCGUUGUCAGCCACCAGCGUUGUCCAUGCAGCGUUGUCAGCCACCAGUGUUGUCAGCCACCAGUGUUGUCAGCCACCAGCGUUGUCAGCCCAGCGUUGUCAGCCACCAGCGUUGUCAGCCACCAGCGUUGUCAGCCACCAGUGUUGUCAGCCACCAGUGUUGUCAGCCACCAGCGUUGUCAGCCACCAGUGUUGUCAGCCACCAGCGUUGUCAGCCACCAGCGUUUCAGCCACCAGCGUUGUCAGCCACCAGUGUUGUCCAGCCACCGGUGUUGUCAGCCACCAGCGUUUUCAGCCACCAGCGUUGUCAGCCACCAGUGUUGUCAGUCACCGUGUCAGUGUAGCGUUGUGUACAGCCAUCAGCCUGUUGUCAGCCACCAGCGUCAGCCACCAGUGUUGUCAGCACCGCGUUGUCAGCCACCAGCGUUGUCAGCCACCAGCGUUGUCAGCCACCAGCGUUGUCAGCCACCAGUGUUGUCAGCCACCAGUGUUGUCAGCACCAGCGUUGUCAGCCACCAGCGUUGUCAGCCACCAGUGUUGUCAGCCACCAGCGUUGUCAGCCACCAGUGUUGUCAGGUACAUUCAGCCACCAGCGUUGUCAGCCACCAGCAUUGUCAACCACCAGUGUUGUCAGCCACCAGCGUUGUCAGCCACCAGUGUUGUCAGCCACCAGCGUUGUCAGCCACCAGUGUUGUCAGCCACCAGCGUUGUCAGCCACCAGUGUUGUCAGCCACCAGCGUUGUCAGCCACCAGCGUUGUCAGCCACCAGUGUUGUCAGCCACCAGUGUUGUCAGCCACCAGCGUUUUCAUUCAGGUCUUGACAUUGAGGGUGCUAUCACUGUUCUCUGCCAUGUUGGACAGCGGUUCAUGUACAGGAGAAGUCGUAUUAUAUUUGAGGACUAAUCAGUGUGGACUAGCAGCAAAUUUAGGACAGACUGCAAAGAAAGUCCCCAAGCACCCGUGA